AUGUCGUUGAUGAGCAAUGGCCGUUUGAGAGUUCUUUUGCCAUUGCGUGUAUUUCUUUCUUUUCUUUAUCACUACAGGACACAAGAGCUCGAGAUUGUCGCACAGGGAAUCUCAGCCGAUCUCCUCAAAUGUCAAGAGCAGACGGACAGUGUCAUCGCGCGUUUACAAUUAAUGUAUGAUCACAAAGAGUUGGCCUCGGAUUUGUUGAACAGAGAGCGGCGGGAGAUUCUAUUGAAAAAAGAAGAAUUCGAGACAAGAGUGAGGAGGUGUGAGUUGGAAUCAGCAAGAGUCAAGAAAGAUCUCAACAAUUGCCAAGCCGAUCCAGCCGGUUUCAACGCUCCGCCGACGCUGGCCCCGUCGCUGAAACAAGCCGAGAUGCUGCUAUUGAAAGAAAAAGGAGAAGAGCCCGGAAUUGAAAAAUUACAAAACGAGAAACAAACAUUACAGAUAACAACAGAGAAUUGUCUGAAUAAAUUGUCCCUUCAAGCGGCGGGUCACCCAAAGGGUCCCUACUAUGUGCAGAAUGAGACGGUGCAUUUCGCGAGGAAGCACAAAGCCGAUGAUGGGCUCGAGUUUAAUCGUGAUGAGAUCAAAUUCGAGCCAGCGAAAAUCGUGCCUGCUCACGAGUUACUCGAGAAAAUGAAACAAAGAAAGAUUGAGGUCGAAGUGCAUCCAGAUGAUCGAAAACAAGAUGAUGAUUAUGUGAACGAGAAACAGGAUCCCGAUGAAAAGGAUUACAAACAACAU